AUGACCUCGCGGCUGCGGCAUUGGCGGGAAGCGGCCACGGUGCUCCUGACUGCCGGCGGCGUCGGCGGGGCUUGGGCCCGGCCUCCCGGCGGCGCCUCGCCGUCCUUCGACUACCAAGUGCUGCUGCUGCGGCGGAGCCCUCGCAGCGCCUUCAUGCCCAGCGCCCAAGUCUUCCCGGGCGGCGUGGUGGACGCGGCCGACUUCUCGGCCGAGUGGCUGAAGCUGCUGCCGGAGCCGCCGCGCUGCGGGCUGGGCCCCGUGAAGGCGGGCGGGCCGCGGGCGCCUCUCUUCGUGGCCGAGCGGCCCGAGCUGGGCUCGGCGGCGCUGCCGGGCGACGUGGCCUUCCGCAUCUGCGCCAUCCGGGAGACCUUCGAGGAGGCCGGCGUCCUCUUGCUGGUGCCCGCCGAGGAGGGAGGGCGGCCCGACGGGGGCCCGGCUCGCUUGCUGCCCGCCGAGCGCCUCCCGCCGGCCCCCGAGCUGGCCGAGUGGCGGCGGCGGGUGCAGCGGCAGCCGGCCUGCUUCUUGCAGCUCUGCCGGCACCUGCGCUGCGUGCCCAACAUUUGGGCGCUGCACGAGUGGAGCAACUGGCUCACCCCCGUGGGCCGCGGCAGGCGCUACGACACCGCCUUCUAUCUCUGCUGCCUCGGGCAAGGCCCGCCGACCGCCUCCCACGACCAGGUGGAGGUCACCGCCUGCCAGUGGACAAAGCCCCCAGAAGUUCUUGAACUUGUUAAGUCUCAAGACAUCUGGAUACCACCUCCUCAGUUUUAUGAAUUAUGCAGACUCUGCAACUUCCCAUCGCUUCAUGAUCUACAUAGGUUUGGCUUUGAACGAGCUGCAGAGGGAUGCGAGCGGUGGAUGUCUGUUCUGUUAAUUGCGUCAGAUGGUCACAUGCAACUAUUACCAGGCGAUGAACUAUAUCCCGAAGAUCCAGAUUUUACAGGAGAAAGAAAACCAGCAUUGACAACAAAUAAAAAGAUUGAAGAUAUCUUGAAAGAGGCCAGUAGGGUUCACCGGAUAGUGAUACGAAACCUUAAUGAUGUUGCAGUUCAUGUUAAUGUCCCACCCAAAUAUAAACAUAUCAAUCCACUGCCCCUGGACUCUAAAAUGGGAAACACUACAGAUUGCAAUAGCAAAUUAUAGCAUUCUUUUUGCCAUUGACAUUUCCAAAAAAGUUUACAUAUAAUUUAUUUAAGACUGGCACAUAUAAGAGGUGCCAAAUAGGCUUUCCCAGGGGGGGUUCAGAUUGUCAGAGAACAUUUGUUUUGGGAACAGCAAUAAUUAAAAUGUUCUUAUGCCACUUUAUAUACCUCAGGCCUGAUAUCAGUGAUAUAAGGCUUCAGUCUGAGUGAUUAUUUCUCUAUGAAUUUCUUUGCAAAUGUGCCAAUUCUGCAGUAGAGACUUCUGUCUACUAAGUACUUGGCCUUAAUCUACACAUUUAUGAAUUUGGGACAUUGACAAGCCUGUCGGACAGUAUUGGACCAUGACUAACUUCGGCCAUGUAUCAAUUCCUGGUUGUCAAAGUCCUUCACUUUUAGUAUGGCUCAGCAUCUUGGGACAAUUCCAUUUUUCUCAUUAAAAAUGUAGACUCCCUUUUUUAAAAGUAGUAACCACCACCAAAUUGCCUCCAAAUAACUCUGUUUAGGAUUGUAGAUGCAUGCUACAGUCUGUAACUGAUUUUUACUAAUUGUAUUCAGUUCAGAAGUUGUACUUCUGGAAGAUAUUUUAUGGGUGCCUUAACACACUAAUACUGCCAACAGUUCAUUGGAUAAAUUCAGUUGUAUGAUGGAGCUUUCAGUUUGGAAUGUCAACCGUGCAUUUAAGCUACCUGUUUUGCUAACUAUUUAUUUGUCUAAAAAUAAAUAUUUUCAGCAA